UGACGAGAUACGGAGUACAGAAUACCCGAUGUGAAGAUUAAGCUUAUCAGCUGAGAAUACUCCGAAGUACUACAGACAUUCAAGUGGACAAUUGAGCCUUAAUUCUAACCAAACAAGAAAUCAAAGGGCAAAGAGUAGAUGAUUGUUUGUGAUUGUUUGCUUUGUGCCUUGCGCUUCAGGAACACACUGACUCAGCAAUCACAUGCGCCGGUGAAAAAAAGUAGCAAAAGAAACGAACAAAAGCUCUGAAUAGCUUCAAAUCCACCCCAAACAGGACAAGACCAGGAGAACCCAGCCGAGGAUGCAGUAUUACUCUCUUCUGUCUGAGCCUCUGUUUGUGUCUCCUGAUUGAAUCAUGUGCUCAAUAGUAGCCAUCGCCAAAAACCCCGCCGGCUAAAAGAGCUUCCCCUCACAGUCCGAUCUUCUUCUCCUCAUCUUCUUUCUUCAUCUGUUCUUGUUCUGUCUUUGUCUUCAAAGUCAUGGGGAACCCUCCGGCUACCAUAAUCAUCGCCAGACACGGCGCGCGCCUCGAUGCCGCCGACAAAAACUGGCAUCUCAUCUCCCCGACUCCCUACGACCCUCCCCUUUCCUACGGUGGCUGGAUGCAGUCUCGAGCCCUCGGGGCUCGCAUCGUUGACCUGCUCACCUCCCAAGAUGAUUCUCCUUUGAUCACCACCACUGGCUCGCCCCGGUCCUAUAGCAGUUCCGCAAAUGUCUCCCCGGACAGCAGCCCCCGAUCGUCUCCCCAGCCACAGCCUUCAUCCAGACGGAAGCGCAGAGUUAUCAUCCAUACUUCACCGUACCUGCGAUGUGUGCAGACUGCGAUCGCCGUUAGCUCUGGCAUCAGCCAGUAUCAUCCAUCCCCGGAAUCCGACCCUGCAGGCGCAUCGACCGACCGGGGUGGAAAUGCUGAUGCAACUCCGGAUGUCCAUCGCUCCCUCCUUCGUGUCGAUGCCUUUCUUGGCGAGUGGCUGUCUCCCGACUAUUUCGAAGACAUCAUGCCGCCUCCUAAUUCCGAACGUCUCAUCGGAGCCGCCAAAGCAGAACUGUUGCGACGGAGCGUCAGCACGGUUCCCCAAGCAGAUAUUAGCAACAAACCGCCGACUGGCUACUUUCCCGGGGGCUGGGGCAGCACCUCCACGCCUACAUCCCCCAUCCGGGAAGUAGGGCCUCCGCCGACCAAUACCAUUGCCAGAGGUCAGAGAUCUCGCGCCGACAGUUAUGAUGCCCUGAACUCCGCCCACAGUACUCGCCCCAAGGGUAUGCUCAGCAGGAUCAAUACCAACCUUUCCUCCAUCCCCAAUGACAGUAGCGGGAGCUAUGUGCCGCCCACCCCAAGUUAUGCCAUCGCUCCCUCGGAUCCCAUCCCCGCCGGAUAUGUCACGCACGCCCGGAAUGCCUGCGCCAACGUAGACUAUCAGUGGGAUAGCAUGCGCACACCGCAAAGCUGGGGUGAUGGCGGUGACUAUGGCGAGGAAUGGAGCGCCAUGCACUCGCGCUUUCGCAACGGCUUGGAGAGCAUGGUCGAGUGGUAUCAAGACAAUGGCAACGCACAGUUGAAUCCACAACAGCCGCUGGACGGCUGCGAGAAAGACAACGACAAGAACGAAGAUGACGGCGACGACGCGGUGGACACUGUAUUGGUUCUGAUCACGCAUGGCGCUGGCUGCAAUGCCAUGGUUGGGGCUUUGACAGGAGAGCCCGUAUUGCUGGAUUUCAACACGGCAUCUCUCACCAUGGCUGUGCGCAAGGACGCUUCUGAGGAUACGCCGGGCGUGAAACCCCGUUAUCGGUCCGUGAGCGAUCCAUCCCGCCUCCUGGCAUAUGACCUGAAAUUAGCCGCAUCGGUUGAUCAUCUCCGUCCUCCGGCAAAGCACCCAACGCGGGGUGGUUCGUCGACCUUGUCGUCACCAGUCACUUUGUCUUCUCCGUCGGUGCCUUACCGGCAUCGGGCGACGUCCCGGUCAUCCCUAUUGCAAGGGCAGUUCAUUAUCGGACCAUCGACACCGGGUCUCAGCUCACAACCGUUGACGAACGGGCGGCCAUCAACCGCCCCACGCGGUGCAUCAGGUCUCUGGGGGUCAAAUUCGACUAGCGGCGAUGAUUCCGCCGAUGACAUUGUGCCCAAUUUUGGUGGUCCGGUAGUGUCCAAUCCAUCCGCGGAUGGGGAAGGGAGCGUCGAGCACAAGCCCGAAGAAGCACCGACGAGUUGGGGGAACAAUCAAGUUCCCCAACGGACUUCGUCCCAACGCGGCCUCUGGGGUAGUGCUCCGUUAAAAACCGAUCGGACCGAUGUCAAACGGCGCUGGACGGUGACCGAACGGAGGGUAUGACAGAGGUGCUUGGCAUGCAACUUGACGUACGAAUCAGCGUUUCUUUUUGCUUUAUUUUGAUGCGAUUUUUAGGAUACCUCAAACUGUUUUUGCUGCUUAUUGGAUGCAUUUCAAGGCGUUGGGAAUUGCUUAGGGCCACCACUUCCGGUCACAGCGUGUUUCGCUGAUUUUGAGCACGAAGUCAACUCAUUCGACUCACUAUAUUCUUUUGGCAUCUGUAGAAUUGGUCUCAAGCCCUCGUAGUGGUACUUUUAUACAGGCCUAAUAUUCUACCUGUGAUUGGCUGGCGGUAUUGAUACCUGAGGCGUAGCGGGGUUCCCCGGAUUUCCUCAUCGGGCACCUUGUGACUUCUUCCUCGCUCUCCCUCACUCUCUUCCACACACUCUCUCCUGCUCACUGAACUUCUUUUCUAUUCUCUCUUUAAAGA